GAGAAGCAGAAGCUGCUGGAUGAGAUCGAAGACCUCACUGUGCAGCUCACAGAGGAGCAGGAGAAAAAGAGGAAGAUGGGCGACAAGCUGAGUCAGGAGAGGCACCAGUUUCAGAAGGAGAAGGAGUCGACGCAGGAGCUCAUUGAGGACCUCAGGAAGCAGCUUGAGCACUUGCAACUCUUCAAACUGGAAGCUGAGCAGCGAAGAGGCAGGAGCAGCAGCAUGGGGCUCCAAGAGUACAACAGCAGGACGCGGGAAACGGAGCUGGAGCAAGAGAUCAAGCAGCUCAAGCAGGAUAACAGGAACCUGAAGGAGCAGAAUGAUGAACUGAAUGGACAGAUCAUUAACUUGAGCAUCCAGGGAGCCAAGAACCUCUUCUCAGCCUCCUUCUCUGAAUCCCUGGCAGCGGAGAUCAGCUCGGUCUCCAGAGACGAGCUCAUGGAAGCAAUUCAAAAGCAAGAGGAGAUCAACUUCCGCCUGCAGGAUUACAUCGACAGGAUCAUCGUGGCCAUCAUGGAGACGAACCCCUCCAUCCUGGAAGUUAAGUAAGGGUGGCCGGGAGCCACCGGCUGUGCGCUCAUCGAUGGGUGUGGAUUUGGUGCUCUGAGAGGAUAAAGAGGGACUCGAAACGUCUUUGCUCUUGAUGAAGGCACAAGGAAGCAUCGCGUC